AUGCAGAUAGUAACAGCAGUUGUUCGCGCUUUCCAGUUUCUCUUUGCGAUCGUUGUGCUUGGCCUGUCCGUCACUCUCGCCAAAGGCCAACGAUAUGGAACAGCCCCUGCAGCAACCGGCUAUGCAGCAUUCACUGGGGGGCUCGGAAUUGUGGCCGCGUUGGUUGGUUGCGCUGCCUUCUUCGUUGACGCGCUCAACGGCAUUGUGACCUGGGUGCUUGAUGGUCUCGCGAGCCUCGCCCUUUUGGCGGGUGGCAUUACGUUUGCCAUCCUCCUGCGCGGCACCAGCUGCUCCAAGAUCGAAACGACGUGGGAUAAUGUGAUCCUGAGUGGAGGCUGCACGACCAUCGACAACCAAAAGACCUGCAUGUCGAGUCCCAGCCGGCUGAAGAGCCGGUGCACAUCCGCCAAAGCUGAUGCUGCGUUCAUGUUUAUUGACUUUGUCGUCUGCAUUGCUGUCAUUGCCUGUUCCUUCUUCUUGUCUCGAGACCGCGGUGCAAACAAGGCAGGCUUCGUCUAG